GUCAUCAUCAUGAAUUAUCCUGGUCCUAUUGGAAUUGGAUAUUCACUAGUGCUCGAUUGCCACACGUCCCACAUUGCUGUAAAGUUUGCUGAGAUCUUGAACAACAUUAACAAGUGCUUAGGUAAGGAACUCAAGAAGGAAGCGAAGUUCUUGAAGAAUGGUGAUGCUGGUAUGGUUAAGUUGAUUCCCACCAAGCCUAUGGUUGUUGAGACAUUUGCUGAGUACCCAACAUUGGGUCGUUUUACCGUGAAAGACAUGAGGCAAACAAUUGGAUGA